AUAUUACAUCAAAACAAAACACAACAAACAAACAUAUAAAAAAAUGAAAGAAGCACUUUCAAUAUUGUGUCUUGUUCUUCUUGUUUCGGUUUCCGAAGCAGCAAUAACGAAACCACAUUAUGAUAACUUCAUCAGAUGCCUUAGCUCUCGGACUAAUGCGGAGAAUCCAAUCAACGAUGCCAUCUUCACCGCCAAGAACACCACAGCCUUCUUGUCUUCUUACGUGUCCUACACGAAAAACAAGAGGUUCACAAGCCCUAACUACAAAACACUGAUGGCCAUUGUCACAGCAAAACAUGUAUCUCAUGUUCAAGCCACGGUGGUCUGCGCAAAGUCCAAUGGUAUCCAGCUCCGAAUCCGAAGCGGAGGACACGACUACGAGGGGCUUUCUUACAUGUCCUCUGUGCCAUUUGUGAUCCUAGAUAUGUUCAAUCUAAGGUCUGUAACCGUUGACGUGUCAAGCAAGAAAGCUUGGGUUCAAGCUGGUGCGACCUUGGGAGAGCUCAACACAAAGAUCAACAACGCGAGCAAAACGUUAGCGUUCCCAGCUGGCGUUUGCGCUACCGUGGGAGCUGGAGGACACAUCAGCGGUGGUGGAUACGGUAACCUCAUGAGGAAAUACGGAAUCACGGUGGAUCAUGUCGUUGAUGCUCAAAUAGUAGAUGUCAACGGCAAGCUCUUGAAUCGUGCCACCAUGGGAGAAGAUCUCUUCUGGGCCAUUCGUGGUGGUGGUGGUGGGAGUUUUGGAGUUAUCCUCUCUUGGAAACUCAACCUCGUCGAGGUUCCAAGGAUCAUGACAGUGUUUAGGGUUAACAAAACAUUGGAACAAGGAGGCACUGAUGUUCUCUACAAGUGGCAACUCGUCUCAACCAAACUUCCGGAAACUCUUUUCAUCAGAGCGAUGCCUCAGGUCGUAAAUGGAACAAGAAACGGAAAGAGAACCAUCGCGGUUGUGUUCUAUGCUCAGUUCAUGGGUCAAGCUGAUGAGCUGAUGGCUAUAAUGAACCAAAGCUUGCCUGAACUAGGGCUAAAACGUGAAGAUUGUCAAGAAAUGAGCUGGCUUAACACGACCUUGUUUUGGGCUGAUUAUCCUGCCGGGACACCAACAAGUAUCCUCUUAGAUAGGCCGUCGAGCCCCGGAGAUUUCUUCAAGAGCAAGUCAGACUACGUCAAGAAACCUAUCCCUAAAGAAGGUAUUGAGAAGCUUUGGGCGGCAAUGUUGAAAUUCAACCAAGUUGUGUGGAUGCAAUGGAACCCUUACGGCGGCGUGAUGGACCGUAUUCCGGCGACCGCCACGGCGUUUCCUCACCGGAAAGGAAACUUGUUCAAGAUUCAGUACUUUACUACAUGGUUGGACGCAAACAGCACAGAGGCUAGCUUGAAUAUGAUGAGGGAGUUUUACGAGGUUGCGGAACCGUAUGUGUCAAGUAACCCGAGAGAGGCGUUCUUUAAUUAUAGAGACAUGGACGUUGGAAACAACCCAAGUGGUCAGACAAACGUUGAUGAAGCUAAGAUCUAUGGUUCGAAAUAUUUCUUGGGGAACUUGAAGAGGCUGAUGGAAGUUAAAGCAAAGUAUGAUCCUGAGAACUUCUUCAAGAACGAGCAGAGUAUUCCUCCUGCUCGUGUAAACUAG